AUGUUUUUAGGCAAUGAUAAAAAGUUAUCAAGGAAGGAAUUGAAGAAACAACAGAAAAAAGCCGAAUUUGAGCGAGAAAUUUCAGCAAUGGGUGGUAAAGCUUUGCUUAAAAGUGGUAACACUGAGGAAAAAAAAGUUGGUGGAAUUGGUGCUGGUGCUGAACUGGGUGAUCAGUUCUCGUUAUCUCAGCAAAGUAAAUCUGGCGCUUCGCUGUCAUUGCUUGAGAAUGCCAUUGAUAUCAAGGUGGAGAAUUUUGAUAUUGUAGCUCAAGGAAGAGUAUUGUUUAACAAGGCAGAUUUGACCAUAGCUUUCGGAAGACGAUAUGGUCUCGUUGGACCAAAUGGUAUGGGUAAAACAACUCUUCUAAAACAUAUCGCUGCCAGAAAAUUUGAUAUUCCUUUAACUAUAGAUCUGCUGUAUUGUGAACAAGAAAUUGAAGUCGACAAUACUUCUGCAGUUGAAGCAGUAAUAAAAUCGGAUAAAUAUAGGUUGUCAUUGUUAAAUGAAGAAGCUGAACUUACAAGUAAAUUGGAAGAUGGCGAUAUUACUGUUAGUGGAAGACUUAAGGAAGUAUCAGAUGAACUUCAGAAUAUUAAUGCAAGUGCUGCAGAAUCUAAAGCACGUCGCAUUUUAGCUGGAUUAGGUUUUAAUAAAGCUAUGCAAGAAAGGCCAGUGGAAGCUUUUUCUGGUGGUUGGCGUGUGCGAAUUUCUUUAGCACGUGCUUUAUUUCUUGAGCCAACACUUUUAAUGCUUGAUGAACCGACCAAUCACUUGGAUUUAAAUGCAGUUAUUUGGCUAGACAAUUAUUUGCAAGGAUGGAAAAAAACACUUCUUAUUGUUUCCCACGAUCAAGGUUUCCUUGAUAAUGUUUGUACGGAUAUAAUCGAUUUGCAUGAUCAAAAAUUGUACUAUUACAAAGGAAAUUAUACUUCAUUCAAAAAAAUGAAGGAUCAAAAAUUACGAGAACAUUUAAAAGCGUAUGAAAGUCAGCAGCGACAUUUAACCAGUUUGAAAAAGAAGGGCAAAAGUUCUAAGCAAGCUGAAGAUGAGAUCAAAAUAUUUAUGCAAGCUAAACAAAAUAAAGCCAAUAAGGAAAAUGUCGGUUCGCAAGAGUUACUGCAAAAAGUUAAGGAAUAUAAUGUUAGAUUUUCGUUUCCUGAUCCUCCAAAAUUGGCUCCACCUGUUCUUGGUCUUCAUAAUGUAUCUUUUGCUUAUAAGGACCAAAUUAUUUUUAAAAAUGUGGAUUUUGGUGUUGAUAUGGAAUCUAGAAUUGCUGUAGUUGGUCCGAAUGGGGUUGGAAAAUCAACUUUGCUCAAACUUUUAUACGGAAAGCUUGAACCUCAUCAGGGCGAAGUGCGUAGGCAUCGCCAGCUACGGAUUGGUUGGUUUGAUCAGCAUGCCAAUGAAGCUUUAAAUGGUGAACAAUCUCCCAUUGAGUACCUUGUCACUAGAUUUAAAGUAGAUCCCCAGCUUGCAAGGAAACAUUUGGGAACUGCAGGUCUUUCUGGUCAGUGUCAUACUGUGAAAAUAAAAGAUUUGUCUGGUGGCCAAAAGUCGAGAGUUGCAUUGGCAGAAUUAGCUCUCGGAGCUCCUGAUAUCCUUAUUUUAGAUGAGCCUACUAAUAAUUUGGAUAUCGAGUCGAUUCAUGCCUUGGCUGAUGCUAUUACCAGUUUUGGUGGUGGUGUUCUCAUGGUAACUCACGAUGAACGCUUAAUUCGCGAAACUAAUUGUCAACUAUGGAUCGUUGAAGAUUACGGAAUUGCUGAAAUCGAUGGUGAUUUUGAUGACUAUCGUAAAGAGAUUCUGGAACAGCUUGGUGAAACUUUCGCUUUGCCUUCAACUUAA